ACGGGCACCGGAGCUGCUGGAGGCUCAUCAGCGCCACGUGGCCGAAAUCCGGGCCAGGACCCGACAGCUAGAGCAGCAGAGAGAGCAGCUGUGCCAGCACCUGGCAUUGCUGUGCAACAAGCGUCCGUCACCAGAAAUGAGUCGGGCCGCAGAGGUGCUGUCAGACAAAGCUGGACACCAGCACCGAGGGGCUGCCCUCCACCUCGACACCCUCCUGCCACCUUCUGGGCCACUGUCAGCUGAGGCCAGGGCUCUGCGGCUCUCCUACCUGCAUGCCGGUGGCCAUGACGAGGCCACCCUGGCACAGCUGUUAGACCUCCAGCUGGAGGCCAUGGCGCUGGAGAAAAAGGCUGCACAGAAGAUGAGUAAGCACCAGCCCCAGCACAGAGCCCAGGGACAGGAUACCAUUGCUGUUGAGGCGGCACGGGGCCUCGAUGCGGCACUGAUGGCUGUGGAGCUGGAGAACCAGCGGCUCGAGGAUGAGCUCCUGGCACUGAAGGUCCGGAGGGAGAUGCGAGUGGAUGUCGGAUCACUGGCAGCCCGGCAGAAUGCAGAAGUGGCUCAGCUGCAGGCAAAGGUGGAGAUGCUGCUGCGACACCAGGCAGAGGAGAUGGGGCCGCGCCCGCCCCCUGCCGUCCUCCCACCGCCCGUGGCCCCUCCGCUCCCCGCAGCCUCAGCUCUGGCGGAGCCAUCGAGGACAGGCAGCCCCACAGCCUCCAGCCGCCCACUUGCACCCUCCAGCCUCCCCAGCAUCUUCUUUGGAGCCCUGGAUGACCCCCCUCCUACUCAAGAGGCACCAGCUCAGCUCAAAAGCCCGGAGAGACGCUUCUCAAGGUACAUUUAGGAAAAGCUUAACAGGAGGCAUUCAAGGCUCAAACUAGGGAGCAGCAAAACCCACGGCACGAUUUCCUCUAUAUCCUGGGACUCAUUGUGGUAGGUGUGUGAAAUAAAUGGCUUCUAUCUACAGCUCUUCACCUCCUGACCUUUUUCAGGGUACAGAAUAUCAAGUUCAUUGUUUGCAGUCACAUCCUGAAGAACAGAGCUGUGCUACUGCUCUGAAGUAAGAUGACACAGAAGCAGCAGUAACUUUGCAAAAAGGAGUUCAGCCAUAGCAAGCCAGGAGUGCGGGGAGGGAGCAUAGAGGGACUACAGCCUUCUGCCACUGCAGCACACAGGCAGGGAAGGUACCAUGCCACAGUAACUGGCCAGAGAGACGCUAACAGCCUUGCCUCCCUGGCACCCUACUACAGGCUCAGGACUUACACUGCCUCCUCUUGCC